AAUGGAAUUGCCGCCAGUGUGUACCGGUCUGACUUCCCACUUCGGCUAAAAACAAAAAGCCCGGAACGUUCGAAACAUGAUUUCCACGCUCUUAAAAAGACUUGAGAAAUUGCUUUAAAGCGGACGCCCAGUGCUGGCUCUCUCUCCAGGUGUCUCUCUGCUUCAGGCAAAUGAAUGAGGAUCGCGAUGCUUAUUACUUUUGCAGCUCUCUCUCGCCUUACAAGAUAAUUUUGUGCAUUUCAACUUUUGAAUAUCAAAAAGCAAGUCAAGGAAUGUUUAUUUUUUCUUUAAUAAAAUAAUGACAGGUCGGUUUAUUAUGACUUUUAUUUAGAAUGUAAUAUGUGGCAUUUUGCAUACUGUUUUACUUUACUGGUGAGAUAAGGAAACAAAAAGGUGUAAUAAGCGUUUGGCGGACAACUGUGGGUUUCUGCGACUAAGCUAACUCAUACAAUCCAAGGAGUGAUGGGGGGCAUGAUCAACCGGGUCCCCUCUGAUUGAUUACUUAUUAGUCAUCCCUUUGGCUUAAUGAGACCCAUUGAAAAGGCACAGUAGAACACCUGCACGAAUCAAAUAUUCCUGUGUCCCUUGAAUCUCUCCAGAAGAGUCUUACUUUUGCUUAAACGCGGGCAAGGAAAGGGGGUCGUGGCUUAACAUUAGCCAAUAAGGGGGAUAUUACAGUAUCGCUUCAUGGGUUUAUUUAGACUGAUUCUACGGUUUGACAAGCAGCUGUAAAGAAAAAAAAACAGAAAGAGAAACUCGGGAAGAUUUUAUAGAGGAGCAUUGUGGACCUACGAUUUUUAUACUUAUCGAAUUUAUAUCUAUUCGUUGCUCUUUAUAUAUUUGUAUCACCCCUUCUCCUGAAAAUGAAACUUUGGACUUUUCCCUGGCUGCCUUGCCUGGUGAUACUCAUCUUAUGUUUUGGAUCAGAGUGCGGGACUGUCCGGAGAAAGGGGAGAUCCAAAAGGGACUUGGUGCGUAUCAGGGAGGCGAGAGCCACCUUCCCAGGGGCUUGUGCCACACGUCUGCCGCGGGGCAAACGCUCCUUGCCCGGCAUGGAACGACGGGUGCCUCGCCAGCGUCGGCGCUCCUCUCAGGCGGAGGAGAACUCUCCAAGUCGGGUGAAAGCUGUUUAUUUUACCGGCAGGGGAGACCAACUUCGGCUUAAACCGGGCGUGGAGAUACCGAGAGGGAAUUUUACUCUGGAGAUGUGGAUCAAACCAGAGGGAGGUCAACGAUCUCCUACGGUGAUUGCAGGUCUGUACGAUAAGUGUUUCUACGCCUCCAGCGACCGGGGUUGGCUGCUGGGCAUCCGGGCGGUCAGCGAGCAGGGUAACCGUGACCCACGCUUCUUCUUCUCCCUGAAGACGGACCGUGCCCACAAGGUCACCUCCGUCCACUCCAAUGCCCGCUACCUGCCCAGCACCUGGGCCCACCUGGCAGUCACCUAUGACGGCCUCUACAUGAAGCUCUACGUCAACGGCGCCCAGGUGGGCGUCAGCCGUGAACAGUCGGGCAACGUCUUCAGCCAUCUGACCAAAAAGUGCAAGGUGCUGAUGGUGGGCGGGAAUGCUCUGAACCAUAACUACCGGGGGACUGUGGAGAGGGUAAGUCUGUGGAGGGAGGCCCGGGGACAGAGGCAGAUAAUCAGGGACAUGCAGGGUCACGAAAAUCCUCAAGAUGCACCUCAGCUGGUGAUCAGGGAGACCUUUGAACACCCUGCCCGGAAGUGGCUGACGGUGAAGGAUGGGAGCUUCCCGCAGCCAGAGGAGGGUAGCAGCAGGGUGGGGCAGGCUGGAGUAGGGGUAGGAGGAGGUGGAACUGGAGGGUCUCUGGACACUACCCUUGAACCCCCGCCCUGUGGUCAAACUGUCUGCGACAACGUGGAAGUGGUGACCAACUACAACCGCACCUGGACCUUCCGGAAGUCCAAGACGGUGCGUUACCGUGUGGUCAACGUGUGGGACGACGCUCGGCGCCGGCCCACCGUCACGCCUCGUCAGAUCCACCUGCAGCAUCAGCAACUUAACAACGCCUUCGCCGUCUACAACAUCACUUGGGAGCUGAGCGUCCACAACGUCACUAACUCCUCGCUGCGCCACCGUCUGGUCCUGGCCAACUGUGACAUCAGCAAAGUGGGUGACGAGGCGUGCGACCCAGAGUGCAACCACACGCUGACGGGUUUAGACGCGGGCGACUGUAUCAGGCACCGCAGCCACUGCCCUCAGUCCAAGCAGGGCAACGGGGUGUGCGACCCAGAGUGUAAUUGGGACAACUUCUUCUAUGACAACGGAGACUGCUGUAACCCCAAUGUGACGGAUGUGACCAAGACCUGCUUCAACCGCUCCUCUCCACACAGAGCCUAUUUGGAUGUAAAGGAGCUGAAAGAGAUCCUGAAUCUGGAUGGCUCCACUCACCUGAACGUCUUCUUUGCCAACUCGUCUGAUGAAGACCUGGCUGGAGUCGCUACUUGGCCGUGGGACAAAGAAGCAUUAACACAUCUGGGUGGAAUUGUUCUGAACCCCUCCUUCUAUGGCACAUUUGGUCACAACCACACCAUGAUCCAUGAGAUCGGCCACAGUCUCGGGCUGUACCACGUGUUCCGGGGGAUCUCUGAGAUUGAGUCGUGUAACGAUGCAUGUCUGGAGACUGAGCCGUCGUUGGAGACAGGAGAUCUGUGUGAAGACACUAACCCCACGCCCAAGUACAAGCACUGCAGAGACCCUGAGCCUGGCAACGACACCUGCGGGCGUCGCCACUUCACAAAUACACCGUACAACAACUACAUGAGCUACGCAGAUGAUGACUGUACGAACUCUUUCACCUCCAACCAAGUUGCCCGGAUGCACUGCUACCUGGACCUGAUCUACCAGACGUGGCAGCCCGAGUCCAAGCCACCCCCUGUGCCCAUGGCACCCCAAGUGGUGGAGCAAGAGCAUGCCGCCAUUACCCUGGAGUGGUUCCCGCCUAUUUCCGGCCACUUCUACGACAGAGAAGUGGGAUCAGUGUGUGAUAAAUGCACAGAGGGCCGGGUACUGAUGCAGUACGCAUCCAACUCCUCGUCCCCCAGACCAUGCGCCCCCUCUGGACACUGGAGCCCCCGCGAGGCCGAAGGACCUCCAGACGUUGAGCAGGCAUGUGAGCCCAGCGUGCGUACCUGGAGCCCCAACGCCGGCAUCGAGCAGUGGGUCGUGGGGCUGUCUGAGUGUCCCCUGCAGGGUUGCAUGCUCCAGCUGGAGUUCCCCCACCCACUAGUGCCCGACUCCCUCACCGUGUGGGUCACCUUCUUCAGCCCCGAGGAGAUGGCCCUUCCCGCCAUCCACAACAUCCUGCUCCUGACCGUCAGUGGAAACAACCUCUCGUUGGGUCCUAGUAACGUGUUCUGUGAUGCGCCGCUGACGCUGAAGCUGGACGUGGAGGAGGAGGUGUACGGCGUGCAGUUCUUCACCAUGGAGCAGCAUCUGGAGAUUGAUGCCACCCUACUGGCGUCUAAGCCCGACUGCCCGCUGUGCCGCCACUGCAAGCCUCUCAUCCACCGACUGCUGCGUCAGCCGCCAUUCUCCCAUACCCCCCAUGGCGUGCUGUUGAACGACCCUGCCAGGCGAUACACUGACAGGGACGUGGUACCAGGCAGUGUGUACACCUACCAGGUCCAAACCAUCUCCGCCCGCAGUGAAAGUGAACCGUCUCCACCCCUCACCCAUCAGCUUGGGGCACCAUACUGCGGAGACGGACGCAUCCAGAGGUCCCAGGGAGAGGAGUGUGAUGAUAUGAACUCCAUGAAUGGAGACGGCUGCUCCAGCCAGUGUAAGAAGGAGCCCUUCUUCAACUGUGUCGAGGAGCCCAGUAUGUGUUACUUCUACGACGGUGACGGAGUGUGUGAGGACUUUGAGCGGGAGACCAGCGUGAGGGACUGUGGCCUGUACACCCCCAGUGGGUUCCUGGACCAGUGGGCCACAACCGUACUGGUGUCCCACCAGGAGAGUCUCUACUGCCCAGCCGAGGUGGCCGCCGGCUACCCUGCCGUCACUAAAACAUGCCAGUCCAAGGUAUUUGACCUUUCUGACGGAGUGUCCCAGUAUGCCUGGUUCCCCUGCAGAGAGGCCCUGCAGUCCUCCAGAUACCCUCAGUACUGGCUCAAGGCCAACUUCUCCCACCCCAUGGUGGCUGCUGCUGUGAUAAUCCACCUAGCUGCAGAUGGUACGGGCUACAUCGACCAGACGCAGUGCAACAUCACUGUUAAACUGGUGGACACCAAGGAGGUCACCCACAGCUUAGGCGAUUGGCGUCUGAGCUGCAGGACCAACCCCCUGGUAAUCCCAGUGAGCCAUGACCUGAGUGUGGCCUUCUACCACACCAAGUCCAUCCUGGUCGAGUUCCGCUCCCACCUGGUAGCCAUCUCUGGCGUGGGCCUGCGCUCCUUCCAGUUCUUUGACCCAAUCACCAUCAGCGGGUGCCAGAGCAACGAGAUCUACAACCCCAUGGGUCAGAGCUGUGUCCAUUACUCGUGUGAGGCCAUCGACUGCCAGGAUCCGCUAAUCCGCAAUGCAGAGCUCAAGUGCAGCAGUCUGGGCUUCUUCAACGGAGCUCGCUGCACCAUCACCUGCAACUCUGGCUACGUCCUGCAGGUCCACAGAGACGAUGACAUCAUCAAGACUCAGUCGGACUCAACAGUGACCAUCACCUGUGCAGAUGGGAAGUGGAAUAAGCAGGUGUCGUGUGAGCCAGUAGACUGUGGGCUACCAGACAAGUACCACGUCCACCCAGCCCACUUUAACUUCCCUGAGGGAACUACUUAUGGCAAGAGGAGUACCUUCCAGUGCAGGGAGCCUGCCCAGCUCGUAGGUUCUAACAACACCCUGACGUGUCUGGAGGAUGGUCUGUGGUCGUUCCCCGAGGCGCUGUGUGAGCUGCGCUGUCCGGCUUCGCCCCAUGUGCCCAACGCCAUGCUGCAGACCAAGCGCUGCAACGACACAGGCCUCAAAGUGGGCUCCCUCUGCAAGUACAAGUGCAAGCCAGGCUACCACGUCACCAACAAGCCCAAAAGGCGAGCAUUUAAGCGUCAGUGCACGGAGGACGGCAGCUGGCUGGAGGGGGCGUGCGAACCGGUGACCUGUGACCCUCCGCCCGCCAUCUUCCACGGCAUGUACCAGUGCACCGACGGCUUCCGCUUCGACAGCACCUGCUGGAUCAACUGCCCCAGAGCCAACCACACGGUGAGACCGCUGCACACCGCUCCAUGCAAGCAGGGGCCCAGCACCAAUGUGAUCCGUUGCAGGAAGGACGGCAACUGGACUGGUUCCUUCAAGCUCUGUCCUCAGAGCAAGGGACAGUGCUCUCUACCUCAAAACCUUAACCCCAGCAUACGAGUCAGCUGCAAGAAGGGACAUGGAAUAGGUGAGGAGUGUGAGCUGACGUGCAGGGACAAUAACAGCGAUGUGGUGAUCCUGCUUAGCAACAUGACCGCAGACAGCAUGCGCAAGGAGCACUGGAGAAACCCACCCAAAGUCAAGAAUGUAGUGUGUACAAUGGGACUGAAGUGGUAUCCACAUCCAGAGGUGCUCCACUGCAUCAAAAGAUGUGAUCCGUUCAUUGGAGACAAUUACUGUGACUCGGUCAACAACAGAGCCUUCUGUAACUACGACGGAGGGGACUGCUGCCACUCCACCGUCAAGACCAAGAAGGUGAUCCCGUUCCCCAUGUCCUGUGACAUACGGGAAGACUGUGCCUGCCGAGACCCCAAAGCUGCAGAGAACAGGAAAGAUGAGCAUGUCCACUCCCUGGGCUCCUGUCUUCGACACUGUCUUGUGUCGUCAUCCUCAUCAAUGUCAUUACAAAGUCCGGAGACCAGAAACAGUGACUCUCCGAGAAAGGGAUAUGACAGUCUUUACAGAAUGUGACUGCUUCUGUGUCAACAUGUACACAGCCCAUGAUGUAUGGUCUGGCUUUAGUCUUCUGAUGUGUUCUCUGUACUGGGCAAGGUACUGUUCCAAAGCCAUAAAGCCAGGAUGUUAUGAAAUGACGUUUCAGAUGUGAUGUUUUGUAUACGAGAAUAUCACCUCUCUACUGUAAGCCACCACAGGAUACCUUUGCUGUACCUCAUGCCUGUAAUGUUUGCUGCUUCUAUAUGUUGGUAUUUAGUGAUUUUUGCGUCUCUUAGCAAUGGUGUAAAUAGUAGAACUAUUUAUUGAGAGUGUUAUACUUUUUUAAGUUAUAUUUAAUGUUCAUGUAAAUUAUUUUUUACAUUGCUCUUAUAAACAGACAUAUUGGUUGUGAGUUAAAAACGUUUUUUUCUCUUCCUUUAUUGUCAUUUUAUUUCUGUCACAAUGUCGUUGUCACAAAGCGCUGGUCAAGGUCGCUGUCUCAUUGGUCACUGGGGUAGAUAGACACUACUCCCGCCGAAUGAGGAUUCACCACAUGUUUAUGCAGUGCACAAGUAUAAUUUUUCUUUCUUUCUAUAUUGCAAAUCCAGAAUGUUCUGUCAUUUUCCACAUUUUGCUUUAUUCGAUAACUCUUCAAUAGUAAACCGAGAGAACCUAUAUCAUGUUGAAGUAGGUAGAUCCAUACUUAAUGAACUCUGAGGAGUAUUCAGGCAGCCGGGGGUGCUCCAGGUGGGUUGAUGAUAAAGGGGGUAGAGGAGGGGAAGGGGUGGGAUGGGUGGAGGUGGGCUGCUUUUCCUGGCGGGCCUGAGUAUUUGUCCAGGUGUAAAAACUGUGUACACACAGAGCUGCCCCUGGGCCAGGACUGAUGAGUCUAACUUUCUCUUGGAGGUGGCGGCUGUUCACUGCAGCACUCCCCUCCUGACACUCCGGGCCAUCCGUCACUGUCAGGAAGAAGAAACGGCAGGCUGGCAUAGCGGUCAGGUCGGAUAGGGAAUGCCUUGGAGGUGAGGUGGGCCGCAUGGACGAGCAGGGAGGAGGGAUAAUUGGAAUACUACCUAACAUAUGAGCCCUAGUGCAGCAGGUUGAGGAACUGCCCUGUCCUUCACUGUCAGACCAGAGGAGUAAAAUAAAUCAACAUUUGAAAUGCAUGGCGGAGAGUCCGUUUCAAUGUCUUUACAUUAGUGGUGGAAAAAGUACCCAAUUGUGAUACUUGAGUAAAUGUAAAGAUACCUUAAUAGAAAAUGACUCGAGUAAAAGUGAAAUUCACCCUGUAAAAUACUACUUGAGUAAAAGUCUAAAAGUAUUUGGUUUUAGAUAUACUUAAGUAUCAAAAGUAAAAGUAUAAAUAAUUUACUAUUCCUUAUAUGAAGCAAAAAGGACAAACCAUUUUUUAUUUUUUUAUUUACAGAUAGCCAGGAGCACACUCCAACACUCAGACAUAUUUACAAAUUAAGCAUUUGUGUUUAGAGAGUCAGAUCAGAAGCCGUAGGGAUGACCUGGGACGUUCUGUUGAUAAGUGCGUUAAUUUGACAAUUUUCCUGUCCUGCUAAGCAUUCAAAAUGUUACAGGUACUUUAGGGUGUCAGGGAAAAUAUAUGUAGUAAAAAGUACAUGAUUUUCUUUAGGAAUGUAGUGAAGUAAAAGUUGUCAAAAAUAUUAAUAGUAAAGUAAGGAUACUCAAAAAAUGACGUAAGUAGUACGUUAAAGUAUUUUUACUUAAGUACUUUACACCACCGCUUUACAUACAGUAGACGUAACUUAUUUUAGUUCAUUAUUGUGCAUGGGAGGGGAUUUUCACAAUCACAAACUAGCUACAUACCAGGCAUGAGUAAACAGUUGAAAUUCUGUGGUGUUAGCUAGCUUUGCUAAAAGCAGUAAACUUUACUCAAGUACCUCUCACAGGCUCCUGAUUAAAGAAUGGUCCACUUGUGUUUAUUUCUUAUUCCCAUGCACAGAAAUGAAAAAUUAAUGGUCCUUUUCUAAGUGGAAAGUAUAAAAUCUAGUAUAUAAAUAUUAUGUGGAUAUUUAGUGGUAUUAUUGCAAUGUUUCGUACACAAUUGUUCAGCAUAUAUAUUUUAAGAUGUAAAUAAUUAUAUUAUAUGAUGAUUGUAUUUGCAAAACCAUGUAUUAUCUGUUUGGGGUAGCUCUUGGAUUUUUACCAGAGGCAAUAUAAGACAAAUUCAUUGUGCAUUGUCUACCAUCGAAGUACCACCUGAAAGUACAAACUAAUACAAUACCAUAAUGCACAACACAGGCUUUAUACAAACACUGUUGUCAAUUGUCUUAAAACAGUCAUAUACAAAAUCAAACGUAAUUUAUUUGUUGUCAAGAUGAAUAAAGCGUCAUGUGGUCAGUUUCUGGGUCUCGGAGCAGUCAGUUGAAAAUAAAUGACCAAAAUGUUCCUUCUUUUUUUGGGAGAGAAAACAAACAAAACUAGAGGAAAGCAUUCAUUUGAAGAGAAUAUAAUGUUACAACACAUUCUUCUUAUCAGACUUGGAGGAUUUUAAUUAAAUGAUAAUGCCAGAGAAGCCAGUGUUUGGAGGAUAUAUUGGCAUGGUGUUGUACCAAUAUAUCCUCCUAACACCGGCAUUAUCACUUUUAUACAGCAGGUUACCAACAUAUUCAAAUAAUGAUUGACAUAUUUUCAUAAAAAAACUUUAUUUUGAUGAAUUUAUUCAUACUGUUUCAUCAUUCCACGAGAUAUAGUCCCGACACAAAUCUCAGGUUACUAUCCAAUUCGGCUGGUCAUUCGUUAGAUUGGUUCGGUUGCCAGAGGCACGAUCCAGUCAUUAAGUCUUUUUGUUCUGUAUCUGUGGACGUGACCCAUUCGUUCGUUCUAAAUUUUCCAUUGCCAUACUGGCUGGCAACAUUCAUAUCCCUUGCUUGCUAGCUAACCAACUACGGCUAAAUUACAGUCACGUCAAACAGUGCAGCCAGAAUAACAGCGAAGUAGCUGCAUUUGCGUGUUUUUAAGCUGUUUUCUAUUGACAUUUAUUUGGAUAGAUCCAUAACGAUGCACGAUUUCGCCUGGCAUCGAAAAUGUGCUCUCUUGUCAGGACACUGUUGUUUGAGGCGCUAGCCAACAACACAACUAACAAUCACUUCAAACUGAAGCUGGAAAGACUGCAAACUAGCUGCAUAUCAUUUCGUUUUACCUGUUUUCUAUUGACAUUCCUUUAAUAUUUAUAUAUACAAAUUAUACAAGCUGAUUCAUGAUUUCCACUGCCUGAGAAGAGCUGUCUGCCUGUCUGUCUCGUCCCGACACGUUAAUUACUAUGGGACAACUGGAGAUCGAAUUCCAAUAUUGAAACAAUGUUGCAAAUGUCGGAGAGACAGACAGCAAGGUUUAUACAAAUCUCCGCUGUUAAAAACCAAAUGUUGGUCUAAAAGAAAUGGGAGAUAAUAUCAAGAUGCUUUUUGUGGUGGAGAUCAAGUUUUUAAAUUGCCUGGCUGGGCUGAUGAGACAGUGGAUUGUGCAGUGAGAUGGAACAGAGUAAAUAGGCAUUUCAACGUCAUAGCUUUAGCCGGUGGUAACUUGUGGAAUAGACAACGGCUGGAAUGCGGUUUUAACCAAUCAGCAUCCAUUAUUAUACCCAUCCGUUGUAUAACAGUGAACACCAUUCCCCUUGAACUCACCCUCAUGGACUGAAUGGCACCAACCAAACAACACCUCACCUAUCCUUCCUCAAUACCACAGGUAUUUGCUUACUCUUUCCCACUUUUCAAUGGAUUUAGAACUGACUCUCGCCAACACUGUAAAGGUAUCCAUCAGUACCCCUCUCCAAUCCAUUCUGUUAGGUCCAUACACAGCAUGCACUUUUUCAGGAACAUACAACAGAUCAGACUUCUGUGUAUCAGACGAUAGUUCCUCGUAUUCUUUGUUUUUUCACAGUUGGUAUUAUAUUUCCGGUGCUCUGGUACAUGGCAAGCAGGUGUCUGAUGAUGCGUACUAUAUUUUCAUGAGAAUGAUUCCUCAUUCACGAUGACUAUCAUGUUAAUUUCCCUGUCAUGUAUUGUGUAGAAAUAAAACACUGGUUAAGUGUU